AGGCUACUUUGGUAGCUACUGCGUCAUUAUAUGACCAGCACCGUGACUCUUUUUGCAGUUCCAAUGUGAGGGUGCUAUGCCUCGUAUGCACUGACUCGGCGUCAAAUCAGGGGCUAGCCUCGCAUGAUUUACUUCACUGGCACUGGCAGGGCUGUCGCGCUGUUGCAUGUUUAACUGCGACGUAUUCAUUCAUAGCACAGUGCUUAAUCUUGUGGCUGCACCCCCUUAUACCUCUGCUUCGACACCUGCUUUCGUUCUCGCUUUCUUCGUUCUGUUUUCGUGCAUGUUUUAUUCUCUUGCUAUACCGCAUGCUACUCGACUUGGUGGAUUCGGCGGACUCGUUUCUUGUGCAACAUUAUAUAUUUUUGACAUUCGCGUACAUACUCGAACUACUGUCCUAGUAACACUUAUUUCAUCGUCUUUCUUGAAUCCUUGCUUCUCUGAACAUCGUUGUUCUAACUACCAGUAUUCUUGUUUGCAUUGUAACUGUCGCUCUCGGUUUCAUAUUAUUCUCAAUUGAUUCAUGUUCUACCCCACGCCUCAUGUUUGUCAACGUAUGUCUACCACUUCUCGGUGCAGAA